AGAAGAAAUGAGGAAGAUGACCAAGGGAGUAGGUUUAGACAGAGUGAAUAGGUAGAAGUUUGCUGAUGCAGUCAUGUGACCCAUGAUGAGAUGGUUGAACAGGGCUGUUGGGUGUGUUACCCUCAUUGUGCUCAUCUCUGUACUGUGUGAGGCCGACAGUGGAAAUGCAGCUCACUCGGUUGGUUGUAUUUUUGAUGAAAUUCAAACUGAUGAACUCCCGAAGACAGUGGUGAACUAUGUUGCCAAGGAAGAGGUUGCUGUCCAGAGCACGAAAUGGAGAUCAAAACGCCGCACAGAAAAUGAGUAUGCGCCCAUUAGGAUUACACCAUUCUUCACUGGCCUUGAAGAUUUUUUAAACCCUGCUGGACAGGAAAGGCUGAAAAGUGUUGUUAUAGCAGCCAUUCAGAAGAUAAGCAAUCUUUUGUCAGUUAUUCCAGUGAAAGGCCCUCUGCGCCUAGCAAGAUAUGGGGGAUGUCAAACAAGCUGGAAGGAUGACACUGAAAAAUGUUAUAAGAUUGAUGCAGGUUACAGAGGGGAAUUUUGUGGUGGAGUUGUACAGAUACCUGAUGACCAUCUAGAAGGCUUGUACACAUGGCAAAGAGUAAAUUCCUCCACUAAAAUAGAACACGUGGCCAAGGCAUCAGGCAAGGGAGUUAGUGAUGCUGAUUAUAUUCUCUAUGUGCAAUCAGGCAUUAGUGGACAGUGCAAGGAAGUGGGACUAAUUGCCUACGCCUUACAUUGCCAGUUGGAUCAAUAUAACCGUCCUAUUGCUGGAUAUGUGAAUUUCUGUUCAGACAGGGUUGAAAGUGAAAGUUUUGAUCAUGAAAAGUAUUAUUUGACAGCCAUUCAUGAACUGUUUCAUGCUCUGGGGUUCUCCAGGAAAAUGUUCAGGAUGUUCCAGGAAUGUGAUAGUUCAGAUUGUACAGGUGUGUUAGGAGGAGUAACCAGGCUGAUCACUCCAGCUGUCGUCAGGGAAACACAACGUCAUUUUAACUGCCCCUGGGAACAAGACUUUGGUGCUCCUCUACAAAUGCAGCAGAAUGGGAAACCUAGCUCUCAUUGGCACCCGAGGUUCCUCCAAGGCUCUAUCAUGACGCCAGCAAUUGGGCAGCCCAAGUUAACACUUUUGGACCGGAUUACAUUGGCUCUGUUUGAAGACACAGGCUGGUACAAAGUGGACUACUCUCAGGCUGACAACUUUACCUGGGGGAAAGGUGAGGGCUGUGAGUUUGGCCAGCAGAAUACCUGUCAGACUGACUCGGAUUACUUUUGUACAGGCAGUGGGUUGGGCUGUCACUACACUCAUUUAACCAAAGCUCACUGUGAUACAAAUGAGAACCUACGUCCAUGUCGUAUCUAUCUGAGCGACUUAAAGGACAGCUGCAGUGGUGUUGGGGAUUCCCCUUCUCCAGAGCAGUUGGCACUGACUGGCGAGGAGUAUACUUCUUAUAGUCGCUGUUUCUCUGCAAAUCUUACAUUCAAUGGCACACAGGAUCAGAUCUCUCCACCAACAGGGAUGUGUUUUCAGCAUGCCUGUCUCCGUGUUGAUGUACUCAUGGUUAAAACCGCUACAAGUGACUGGUUACACUGUCCAUUUGGGGAGAAAAUCUAUGUACCUGGCUACAGCGGGAGUCUUCAGUGCCCAAAACAAGGUGUUCUGUGUACAGAGGCUGAGAUGACAACCAGAGCCACUACAACAACCUCAGGGACAUCCACUACCAGACUGGCGUCCACUAAACACCAUCACAGUACAGCCACUACCUCAUCGCCCCAGACACUCUUUCAUGAUGAUACAGUCCAUGUGACUCUUGUAUUCCCGUCAUUGGACUUUAAUGUGCUGAAGCAGAGGGACCUGCAGCCUAGUUUCGUGGACGCUGUCUUUAGUUUUGUUGUACGUGCCACCAAUAUCACUGAGCGCAGGUUGAGCAAUGUCAACCUGCAUACAGGCAUUGUCCUGAUAUUUGAUGUUCUACCUGCUCAGAGCAGAGAGGAAGGUCCAACAUCUGAGGAGACAUUUAGUAUUUUACUGGACUGUGUAGAACACGACAACUUCACAGUCCAGCUACCUGAACUGGGCACACAUAAGGCAACUGAGAUAAGCAAGAGCCCGCAGCCUUACAUCCCAAUGGGUCACGGUAAACCUCACUUCAGCCCAGGAGGUAUCGCAGGGGUGGUGGUGGGUGCAGUUGCACUGCUGAUUGCCUUGGUAGUUAUUAUUUUCAUCAUAAACAAGUAUAAAUGGGCACCACCAAUUAGUGCAAGCCCUGGUCCAAGGUGCUCCACAUCAGGGGAGCUAACUGUUGUGUACACUCAAGGGUAGGGUACAGUGGCCCAGUCAGCUAAAUCAAAACAGCAGGCUUUUAUAGAUUUAAAAUGUGUCAGAUCACAGGACUCUGAUAGCUGACCAUUAUUUUUUAUUACAACUCCACAAUUAAAUUUUUCUACCUGUUUAACAACACUAUGUUUACAUUGAGAAGGGUGGCACAUCAGUCUUAGUGAAAAAUAUAAAUGAAAUGCUUAGUUUGUCAUAUGCUAAUAUAUACUUAGAUUAGUACUUCAGUUUAUUUCAGUUCAUUAUUCAAUCAUAUUAGUUGUAUAACAUAUACAUGAUGCAGAUAAGUAAACAUAUCUUAAGAGGAUUUUUUUUUUUCAUCCUCUUCAUUUGUGCAAAACUGGGAAAUUUAUCUACAUGAAAUUUAGUUCAGACAUGGAUAACGUUAAACCAGUACUGCACAAUAGGUUUUAACUUCAUAAAAUGAGGUCAUUUAAACCUGUUAUUUAGAUUUGAAAAAAACAAAAACAAGAGAAGAAAAAGUAAAUGUUGCAACUGUGAUGAAUUGAUUGUGUACUUCCUAUCCUUUAGUUUUACGAGUCCAUCAAGACUAGACCAUUAUGUAAAUACGUCUGGUAGAUGCAGUAAUAUGUCUCACAGUUACCAUCACUGGCCUGAAUCUCAUAUCUGAACUUAAGUGUUUGUGUGACAGAAUUUAUUUACUUUGAUGACUGAGUUGGAUUAUUACUGGUAAUGGCUCAUAGUUCUGGAAAUCCCAUUCUUGUUC